GAGUUAACAUGCGUAUCACGUGAGGGAGCCUCAUGAACUCUACGCCACAGAAAGCAGGAAGUGCCGAAGAAAUACAAGCCAACGUACGAUUUCGCCACCAAGUCCCUGAAAUCUAUUUUCAGAAAUGGGUAAAGGCGGGGGUGCAUUUGAGAGACUACUGGAUAAGGCGACCAGCCAGCUGCUGCUGGAGACGGACUGGGAGUCGAUCCUGCAGAUCUGUGACCUCAUCCGCCAGGGCGAUGCUCAGGCGAAGUACGCCAUCGGAGCCAUCAAAAAGAAGCUGAGCGACAAGAACCCCCAUGUGGCCCUGUAUGCGCUGGAGGUGCUGGAGUCGGUGGUGAAGAACUGCGGUCAGACUAUUCAUGACGAGGUGGCGAGCAAACAGACCAUGGAGGAGCUGAAGGACCUUCUCAAGCUGACGGAGCCGAACGUGCGGAAUAAGAUUCUCUACCUGAUCCAGGCCUGGGCCCACGCCUUCCGUAACGAACCCAAGUACAAGGUGGUUCAGGACACCUACCAGAUCAUGAAGGUCGAGGGUCACGCCUUCCCUGAGCUGAAGGAGAGCGAUGCCAUGUUCGCAGCAGAGAGGGCUCCUGAUUGGGUAGAUGCGGAGGAGUGUCAUCGGUGUAGAGUUCAGUUUGGGGUCGUGACCAGAAAGCAUCAUUGCAGGGCGUGUGGGCAGAUCUUCUGUGGGAAGUGCUCCUCCAAGUACUCCACCAUCCCCAAGUUCGGCAUCGAGAAGGAGGUGCGCGUGUGCGAGCCCUGCUUUGAGUUCCUCAACAAGAAAGCAGAGGGUAAAGCAGCAGCUGCCCCUGGCUCUUCAGAGCUCCCCCAGGAGUAUGUGGCCAGCCCUCUGUCCCAGCAGUCUCAGGUAGUGGUCAGUGGAACAACGCCCCCCAAGAGAGACGAGGCGGCCCUGCAGGAGGAGGAGGAGCUACAGCUGGCCAUCGCCCUAUCACAGAGCGAAGCUGAGGAGAAGGCCAGGAUGAGACAGAAGACCUCCUAUACCCUGUACCCCAAAGCCGACCCCACCCCAGUGACUUCAUCGGCACCCCCUGUCAGCUCCCUGUACUCUUCCCCUGUGAACUCAUCUGCCCCCCUGGCUGAAGACGUGGACCCGGAGUUGGCGCGUUACCUGAACAGGAGUUACUGGGAGAAGAAACAGGAAGAGGUCCGCAGGAGCCCCACCCCUUCCGCCCCAGCCCCUGUCCCAUUGGCCGAGCCCCUGCCAGUCAGCCAGAUCACCCAACCGGUGGAGAGCCAGGCCCCGGCCCCGGCCCCAGCCCCGACCACAGCCCCUCCCGUCAGCGUGGUGGAGCUGCAGUACCAGAACGGGGAGUCGGAGGAGAACCACGAGCAGUUCCUGAAGGCGCUGCAGAACGCGGUCACCACCUUCCUCAACCGCAUGAAGAGCAACCACAUGCGCGGUCGCAGCAUCACCAACGACAGCGCCGUGCUGUCGCUCUUCCAGUCCAUCAACAACAUGCAUCCGCAGCUGCUGGAGGUGCUCAACCAGCUGGACGAGAGACGCUUGUACUACGAGGGGCUGCAGGACAAGCUGGCGCAGGUCCGGGACGCGCGGGCGGCGCUGAACGCCCUGCGGGACGAGCACCGCGAGAAGCUGCGGCGGGCGGCCGAGGAGGCGGAGCGACAGAGGCAGAUCCAGCUCGCCCACAAGCUGGAGAUCAUGAGGCAGAAGAAGCAGGAGUACCUGGAGAUGCAGAGGCAGCAGGCGAUCCAGCGGCUGCAGGAGCAGGAGAAGGAGAGGCAGCUGAGACUGGAGCAGCAGAAGCACACCAUUCAGAUGAGAGCACAAAUGCCUGCCUUCUCCCUGCCCUACGCCCAGAUGCAGUCCCUGCCGCCCAGUGUGGCCGGGGGGGUGGUGUACCAGCCGGCGGGCCCCCCCAGUUACCCCGGGACCUUCAGCCCCUCAGGGUCGGUGGAGGGGUCCCCCAUGCACACGGUCUACAUGAACCAGCCUGGCCAGCCAGGCGCCGGGGCCUACCAGGGACCCCCUGUCUCUGCCACAGACCCUAACAUGGUGAACGCCUACAUGUACCAGGCUGCCGGUUCCCCCGGGCAACCAGCUGUCCCAGGGCAGGCUGUGCCCACCACAACCCCCGCCUACUCCAGCUACCAGCCCACGCCCACACAAGGUUACCAGAGUGCAGUGUCCCAGGCCCAGAACAUGCCCCCCAUGUCCCAGGCUGCUCCCACAAACGGCAUGGCCUACAUGGGCUACCAGCCCUACAACAUGCAGAACAUGAUGGGUCAGGAUCCUAACAUGGCCGCCCAGCAAGCCUACAUGCCUGCAGGACAACCGCCCAUGUACCAGCAGAUGGCGCCCCCUGGUGGUCCCCAACAGCAGGGCCAGCAGCAGCCCCAGGCACCUCCAGCCAGCAGCGAGGCUCAGCUGAUCUCAUUCGACUGAGUCCCGACACACUACAUCCCAAUUACUGCACCCCCUCCAAUGCUUAACUGAUACCCCCCCCUCCCUCCCCCCCCCCCCAACCCAGCCCCCUCCCCAAACUCACCUCGCCCGGAGGCAGUGAGUGACACGGACUGAAUGAGCGAGAAACUUGCGUUCUCUCUCGCAUCGAGUAGCCCCGGAUCGUUCUGCCAGGUUCCCGCACCGCAGGAAAAACCCAAGUCCUCUCUCCGGGGGCUUAAGUCCAAUCUAAGACUCCUCGGACUCCACUGCUUGUCCCAUCUCUGGUCCUUAGGUGUUUGGUCAUGAACGGAACUAGAAGUGUCGAUGAGUACUCUUGUUUAACCCAUCGAAAAUUAAUCCAACGUAAGCAAGUACAUUAAAAAGAGACCCAAAUUUUGGUGUAAUUUUUCUUUUUCUUUUUUUUUUGUUUCUUUCCAUAAAGCCGGGUCGUAUGUACAUCAGAGCAGCAGAAGUAGGUGCCGUAGUUUCUUUUGAAAGGAAGGCUCGCUCGUGAUUAGGUGAAAUUGUCUUGGCAAGGGGAGGGAUCAGAAUUUGAAACGGCGCUGGGGAGGUGUCCGAGUCAGCGACUGACAAUCCCGCUCCUUCCUGGAGGGCCGCAGUGUGCUGCUAAAGCACGAGGGAUGAAUUUAAGUCUUUCAUUGGCUAAAGCGUCCACAGACCUUGCUCUCAAGGCCUUAAUUGGCUGCUGAUUUUAAAGGAAAACACAAAUACCAGCAGACAGUGCGGCCCUCCAGGACCGGAGUUUGCCACUAUUGCCCAAGACCAUUCCUGACGGAAUCUGGGCAACGUCAACAUUCCACUGUGCAGUUAGUCCCACUCCCAGUGACUGAAGGGACAGCAUGUUCUUUGUUUUUAAUAGCUUUUUCGAAGAAAAAGACUCUCGAAACCUUCGAAACGGCUGAUCCGUGUGCCUCCGCACUCACUCCACGCCACCCGCGGUUUAAUGCCUUUUGUAUGCGACUAGAGUUUGAGUACGGGCCAAUUAGUUGUCGUCAAAUUGUUUCUACAAGUGAUUUUUUUUGGAGGGGAGCGGAUUGCCUUUACUGAUGGCAUUAACAGGCUUGACAGGGAGUAAUUUGAUACCUGAGCGUUCCUCAGGAGUCUGGUGCUGUCUGUGGCACAGUGCCAGUGUAGGUAUGGCAGACUUCGCCUUCUCCAGUAAUGGCGCCUGGACUGUGAGCACAAGUGUGACUCAGCGAGUCUACGGUUUAAUGUGUGUGAGGGAGCGGAUGAUGCACACAGUCCAUGGUUUAAUGUGUGUGAGGUAGCGGAUGAUGCACACAGUCCAUGGCUUAAUGUGUGUGAGGUAGCGGAUGAUGCACACAGUCCAUGGUUUAAUGUGUGUGAGGGAGCAGAGGAUGCACACUGUCCAUGGUUUAAUGUGUGUGAGGUAGCAGAGGAUGCACACUGUCCAUGGUUUAAUGUGUGUGAGGGAGCGGAUGAUGCACAAGGUCCAUGGCUCGGUACCAGGCAGAGGAUUAAUAUAAUUUGUGUUUGAGAGAGGAUGCGGUUUCUCCCAGCAUCCACCCUGCUGUGUCAUUUAGGAAAACUCACUCCGAUGCCGGGGUCCAGUCAGAGCUGGAGAAUGGAGGGGCCUGUAUUCAGAAUUACCUUUAUUUAGCUGUUGCUUUUAUUUAAAGCGCCUUACAGUUGAUUAGACUAAGCAGGGGCCUUGCUCAAGGGCCCAAAAGCUGUGCGGAUCUUAUUAUGGCUACACUGGGGCUUCAACCACCAACCUUUCCGGGGCCCAGUCAUGAGCCUUAGCCACUAGGCUACAGGUUGCCCCAGCAUGUCUGUAAUAUGUACACAAGACCAGUAACUUCUGUAACCCACCAUGUCUGUGAUCAUUUUUCCAUCAUACUGCUCGGUCUGCAUUUUAAAAAUACCAUAUUUAAUGAAUAUCCUGCUCUUCUGUGGUCUUUGUUUGUUGCAACCUGUUUUGUUUGUCACUUGUGUAUACUUAACAUAAUUACAAAGAGACCACUGCUGAGCCAGUUAGUUUGUGUGUUUUCUGCUCAUAAUGACACAUCUAUCAAUUGGUGAUAUAUUAAGGGAGUAGCUUUGUUUGGCCUUUUGUCUGGAAUAAGAUGUGUGUUUGUGAAUUGAAGUGCUUUCAGAACAAUGUACUUACUUCACUGAGAACUGGAAACACUUCCACCAGUCAUAUUAUCUUAAAUUGCAUGUCUUGUUCUUGAUAAGCAGACCCGGAAGGCAAAAUGGAAUAUUGUGCUGAUAAAUAUUAAACUUUUCAUGUCAGUUUAAUUUAAA